CAGACGCUGGUGGACGCAUCAAAAGAAGACCUGCUAUCCAUGGUCUUUCAUGUCGCUGAGGACUUGACGUUGCGCGAUGGCGUUGUGCAUCGUGGUGUCGCGUGUAACCACUGCAAAGCCACACCUAUCAAAGGCAUCAGAUACAAGUGCGCCAAUUGCCCAGACUUUGACUUGUGCGCAGAUUGUGAGCUGCAGGAGGUGCACAACCCAAAGCACGUCUUCAUCAAGCUCAACAACGUCGUUCCACCGCGCCUCAACCCGCGAAAACCCCUCUGCCCACAGCUCUUUCCAGGAACUGCGCAACCAAAGCAGAAGAUCCUGUGGGAAAGCCUGAAGAACUUGGAAGCGUUCUUCAAUCUGAGCCGCAGCACCAUCACGGCGUAUUUCAGCGAGUUUCAACUCGUCGCUGACAGCAGCGAUCCGCCUGGUGUUUCACCCGCCCGAUUUCGUGAACUCAUGGGCGAAUAUGCCGCCCGCCCAAACCUCAUUGUCGACAGGCUGUUCUUUCUGUUUGAUCGAGACGGAGACGGGAUUGUGGGCUUUGCGGACAUGCUUGGCACGAUGGCGGUGCUUGAACACGGAUCAUACGACGAGAAGAUGAGACUUGCGUUUCGGGGAAUGGACCUUGACCAGCGCGGCCAUCUCGUCCCAGACGAUCUCAUCGCCAUCCUCCGAGCGUUUCUGGAACUCACCGUCUUGCAAGUGACGGAUCUCGUCUCCGGGCUGCAGAGCGAAAUGGUGCAGUCGCUGGACGAUGCGGGGUCUAAGCCCGUCUCGGCGCUCUUCACAGCACCGAUUGGGCUUCCAUCCGACACGCCGCCGACCAAAGGCGCUGAUGCGGCCAUGCACCUCGACCAACACGACUGGACCCCAACACCAACGCACGCUGCUUCGAGCCUCCACGCCACACCAGAACUGAGCAGCAAAGGCGGCGACGCUGUCGUCAUGUUUGUCAAUCGCAUCUUCAACAACAGAGACAGGAUGGACCUGGCUGAGUUUGAACACACUGCGCGCGUGCAUCCACUUCUCGUCACAUGGGUCACCAGCCUCGGCACCAUCUUCUGACCCAUGUUAAAUGCCGUCAUUUGUUGGUGUUGUUGAUGUUGUUGGUGGUGCUGCUGCUGGUUACUCGAUCCUUUUGUUCGUUCGUAUCGCCUCAUUCGCUCAAUCAAGCGCUGUUGUGUGUGUGUGUGUGUGUGUGUGUCUGUG